GCGAGAGCGUCUCCGCUCAGACAGCCGGGUCAGGGCCUCAUGCUGCUGUGGGCGCUGCUGGUCAUCUUUGUUCCCAUCAGUGAACAGGCAGAUUGGCUGACUCUCCUAGCACCCUCUUCUGUAUUUGAAGGAGAUAGCAUAGUUCUGAUGUGCAAGGGAAAGGAUGAUUGGAAAAUAAAAACUAUGACUUACUACAAGGAUAGAAGAGAGCUAUUUUUUUUUAAAGUAGUCUCAGCAUUUCAUAUCCCAAGUGCAGCUCUGAGUGACAGUGGCGAGUAUUAUUGUACUGCUACUGGAAGAACAAUCAUUUCAUGGACAGAAACUUCAAAACGAGUAAACAUCGACGUCCACGAGCUCUUUCCAAGUCCAGUGCUGAUGGCUAGCUCCUUCCAGCCCACAGAGGGGAGCCCAGUGACUCUGACCUGUAAGACUCAGCUCCCUCUGCAGAAGGCAGAUGUCCAGCUCCAGUUCAGCUUCUUCAGAGAUGGUCGGACCUUGGGGUCAGGUUGGAGCCACUCCCCAGAGUUCCAGAUCCCCACCAUGAGGACUGAAGACUCAGGAUACUACUGGUGUGAAGCAGUGACCAUGACUCACGUGGUCAGAAAAAGGAGCCAAACAUCCCAGAUACACGUGCAGAGAGUGCCCGUCUCUAAUGUACGCUUAGAGGCCUGGGCCGCUGAGGGGCAGGUGAUUGAAGGAAGGAAGCUGGUUCUGCUCUGCUCAGUGGCUAAGGGCACAGGAAACAUCACAUUCUCCUGGCACAAAGAGGCCACAGGAGCCUGUCUAGGAAAGAUGACCCAGCCUUCCCUGUCAGCAAAACUGGAGAUCCCUGCUCUGAAGGAGAGUGAUGCCGGCAAAUAUCACUGUAGAGCGGACAAUGGCCACGGUCCCAUCCAGAGCAAGGUGGUGCACAUCCUCGUGAGACUUCUAGUGUCUCGCCCCAUUCUCACCCUCCGGGUUCCCGGAGUCCAGCCUGUGGUGGGGGGUGUACUGGAGCUUCACUGUAAGGCCCUGAGAGGCUCUCCCCCGAUCCUGUACCAGUUUUAUCACGAAGACAUCACUCUGGGCAAUGUUUCAGCUCCCUCUGGAGGGGGAGCAUCCUUCAACCUCUCCCUGACUACAGAACAUUCUGGAAACUACUCCUGUGAGGCUGACAAUGGCCUGGGGGCCCAGCGCAGUGAAGCAGUGGCAUUCUUUAUCCCAGGGCCUGAUGGCUAUAGAGGAGACCUUGUCACAGUCAUGGUUCUCGGGGGAUUGUUUGGUGUCCUUGGUAUCACUGGUGUCGCUCUGCUGUAUUACUGCUGGCCCCACAGGUCAUCAGAAAGAAGUUUUGUCAUUAAUCCGCUCAGAGCUGCUUCCAGCCGAAACCCUCAAGAACCCACACCCUCCAGCCCACUUCCAGCCACAGAAGAGCAGCAGUCAGAGUACGUCAAUGUGGGCUCUAUAGAUGUGGAUGUGAUUUAUUCCCAGGUCUGGAGCAUCCAGCAGCCAGAAGUCUCAGCAAACAUCAGAAGGACAUUGGAGAACGAGGAUUCCCAAGUAAUCUACUCUGCUGUGAAGGAGAAAUAACCCUUGGAGAAAUCAGAGGAAGACCAACCACAAGGUGGUGCCUCAUUAAGGAUGCUCAGCUUAAUGCUCAGCUGCCAAAACCCAUCACAAUCAGAAUGUGCCUCAGGGACUCUAGGCAAGCC